UUGAAUAGGAGCAGCAUGCCGCCGGCCGGCCUCUCGCGCGCCGGGCUGCGGCUGAGUUGGGGCAUGAGCCGGUGGGUUUUGGAACCCCGACCCCCAGGGAAGCGGUGGCUGGUGGCUGGCCUGGGCAACCCUGGACUGCCCGGCACGCGGCACAGCGUGGGUAUGGCGGUGCUGGGGCAACUGGCGCGGCGGCUGGGGGUGGCUGAGAGCUGGGCCCGCGACCGUCGCUGCGCCGCCGACCUCGCCCUGGCCUCACUUGGGGAUGCCCAGCUGGUCCUGCUUAGGCCACGGCGUCUCAUGAAUGUCAACGGGCGUAGCGUGGCCCAGGCUGCGGAGCUGUUUGGGCUGACUGCUGAGGAGGUCUACCUGGUGCACGACGAGCUGGACAAGCCCCUGGGGAAGCUGGCUCUGAAGCUCGGGGGAAGCGCCAGGGGCCACAAUGGAGUUCGUUCCUGCAUUAGCUGCCUCAACUCCAACGCAAUGCCACGGCUGCGGGUGGGCAUCGGGCGCCCCGUGCACCCUAACGCGGUGCAGGCGCACGUGCUUGGCUGCUUCUCCCCCUCGGAGCAGGAGCUGCUGCCCCCAUUGCUGGAGCGCGCUGCAGACCUGCUCCUGGACCACAUCCGCCAGCGAAGCCAGGGGCCCUUGGCAGGCACCUGAUGCCGCUGGACGCAGCUGCCGGCCCGACUGCCAUGCCCACACUCCCAGCCACGUCCACAGAGGUGCCACGCCAACUUGUGGUAUCUAUUUUUUAUAUAACUCGUUC